AGCUUUGUCAACUUUUGUUGUCAGGAACAGCCGUCUCCGUGAAAUAAGUGAAUCUGCUGCUGAGAUUAACUAAAUUAUUUCAAUAUUUAUUUUAAAUACUUCAAAACAGAGCGCAGAUUGCAUACUUUGGACAAAGAGAGAGAAACUUUUUUACGCUGUUGCGUUUAAAUAUCACCUGAGGCGGGAAAUUUAAAACACAAACGCGACAGAAACAUGCCAUCUAUAGAUAUCUGAUGAAAACUUCACAAUAAUCAAUAAUGGUGACUUCAACUUUACGGUACGACUAUUAUAUAUACAGUGACAAUUAACUGCUGAACCCGUUCACUGUUAUUACCAUCAACUGUUGAUUCAUGUAAAAGGUUGACAUGACUGAAGAGGGACCAGAAAAUCAUUUUGGAGUGUCUUAUUACUUAUGUAAGAGUGGCAAUGGACUCUUGUGUGUCUGUGACCAAUAACACACAAUUAAACGACUCCUCAUCCAGUUCUGAUGCUGCAGAUGUCUUGAUUCGCUCAACCAGAGCUGCUUUUAAUCACACCAGAGUAGAAACCCAUUACAAAAGCUAUAAUAAAGAUAACAUUAACAUCAGGAGACUGUCAGACUUUGCGCAUGUAACUUCUGGGAAUGAUGGAUGUACAGAGGAGAUCUCACUUGUCCUGCCUGUGAAUCUUCCUGCUUCAGAUAGAGGGGCUGAGGGACAACAGACUGGUGGAUCAUCAAAACAAGUUGCUGACCUUAUAGAGAAAAGCCAAUUAGCUGUCAUGCAGGCAAAGAAGAACUCCAAAUCAAAAGGUGAAGACGUGGAAAUUUCUAGAUACUCUACUGAUGGCAGAGGAGCAGUUUCGGCAGCCCUGAAGAAGAGAUACAAGAGCGCCCCUUUAAGACGGAACGUGACUGUACAGGUGUUGGAUCAAGACAGACCUCAAACCCCCAAAGGCCAGCCGGAUCCUGGUAUUCCGCCGGGAGAUUCUGGGACUUCGGAAAAUGUGGCUGCAAUAACAGCUGCUACUAUUGCUGCCACAUUCCCACUUAUCAAGGCUCAGAGUGAGAUGGAGGCACAGAUCUCUCGGGUAACUGCCGAAUUGAAGAGGUUACAGGCCGCAGAGGCCAGUGUCAAGCAUGGCAGAGCAGGCAGUACUGUGGACUGUUCUGCAGAAAGAGCGGCCCAUCUGGAAGAGCAGCUGAACGUUCUUAUCCAGCAAAGACUGCAACACCUGGAGACGAUCCAAUGUCAGCAGAUCCAACUGCAGAAUCGUCUUUUGGGAUCUGCUUUGGAUGUUGUAACCGCUCGUGCAAAUGCAGACACACAAACUAACCUGCUCACAAGCUCUGUAAUCCACCAGACAGGCUCUUUGCCUACCACUGAUAAAACCUCUGCUGAAAGUUCAGCAUCAGUCUCAAAGGAUUUACACAGAGAAAGGCAAACAGGUGGUCAUAAAAGUCCCCUGGAGACCCCUGCUCCUCGAAAGGUCAUUCCUAAACCCACCUAUUGGACAUCAUCAACCAAAACCAUCAAAUCCCAGAAAACUUCCUCUAAAAACCAAGGAAAUGGCAGACUUCAGGACCAGACCACUAAUAACCAGAGAUCUCCCGAGAGAUGCUCCAUGCAAUCUUCUGGGCUAAAGAGGAUUGCCAUAGCAACAGCCGAAAAUGCCCAACCAGAGCAGUCAAGAUCUGCUCGCGCCUGGUCGACUGCGUCACCUUUGCACAGGCAGACAUCAUCUAAAGCAUCCUUUACUCCUACUAGAAGUGAUGAACCUGAAGAACCAGCACUUAUGAAGCCACACAGCCAACAGGAGAACAAGGGAGAACAGAUAUAUGCGCCAUCGUCCAGCUCAGCAGUUCAUAGAGCCAAUGAGAUGCUGCAGGAUCUAGGGCGACUCAAAGAUGAGAUGAGGACUUUACUGCAGACCGCUGAUGCGUUUCCUGUUCAGAAUGCCAAGUCGACCCAGAACAGCAGGAGCAGCUAUCUCUCCCCCUCCACCAUGGCCCCACCUCCUUCCACGACCCCCAUCUCCAUGCCCGCAGAGACGGUUGACCCGGUUGCCGUCAGGGCUGUUCCUUUAAACAGACCGAGCAUUCUGAAGAGCAUCCAGUCGCCCACAUCCAUGUUCGAGGAUGCAGGACUGGUCCUGAGGCAGGUCAGACAGAGCAGGAAGGUUUUAGAAGAAAACCUGGAGGCCAUUUUGAGAGCCGAAAAUGGAGAAGUGCUUCAUAGCCAGUUAGAGGCACUGUCGAAAAACAGAGAUGUCAGUGAGGAAGUGAGGAUAAAGAAAACAGUUGAUGCCUGGAUCAAUACACUGAGCAAGGAGAUUCAGGAUGAGCUAGUGAGGGAGAGUUCUGAUUCAGAGAAGAAGAUUGUGGAGAGAAGUGAUGCAGCUGUCUCUAAAGUGUUGCAUGAGGGCCAGGGGAGCAGGAGUGGGCACAGGGCUGGUCCAAGAGGGGGAGGAGGAGGAGGAGGAGGAGGAGGAAGAGGGGGAGGCAAUGGCUCUGCGGCAGGGAGAAAAACCUCUGUGAGAGGCUCUGUAAGAGCACAGGCAGAGAACACACUACCACACGGCAAACAACACACUCUGUCUGUCAGAACCAAACCUGAAUCGAGCCAAGAGACGGCUGAGCCAGUGGUGCUGAAAUCUCAGGCUGAUCAGGAGUAUCUGGCCAAGCUGUAUGGUAAAGCUCUUUAUGAGGGACAUCGCCGAACACUGAAGAAAGGCCCUUACCUUCGAUUCAACUCCCCCUCGCCAAAAUCCAAAACUCAACGACCCAAAGUUAUAGAGACUGUCAAAGGGGUUAAGAUGAAGUCUUCUAAAACCCAGACUAGUCAGUUUGUGGAUGGUGCUUCUGCCCUGCAGUCUUCAGUCUCUGAGCCACAUUUCCUGUUUAGACCCAGUGACCCGGACCAGCAACAGCAGCCUGGUUCCCCAGUGAGGUGCUACCUCAUUCCCAUGGCUAUCCCUUUAGGCAAGCCCAGAGUGGACAGUCAGGCCCCGUUGCCAUCACGGGUCAUCAUUAGCAACAAAGCCCCAACUGUAACAACCUCCUUCCCUCCUAUAACCAUCCCCAAACCCAAACCAGCUUCUGCAAUUCGGAAGCCCAACACCAUCUUACUGGAGGUACAGUCAGAACCGAAAAAACGAACCCCACAGCUUGAAAUACAGGUCCAGCCGUGUGUGAACAUUGAGAGCGCUCUUUGCAGCCGACUCGUAUCGUCACUGCCGUCGAUUCCAGCUGAUACUAUCCUUCCUCCUCCCACAGUUUAUGCCGCUGAGGAUCCACAUGCUUAUGAAGAUCAGGAUGAAAAUGGCUUUCCUGGAACCAAUUUCUUGGCGGUAGCCGACAUAAGCCAGGAAACACACAUCGGAGUUCCAGACUCUCCUAUUGAGCUGAACGGGCUGCCCUCCCCUCCAGCUGCUCUGUAUCACGGUCCAGCGUUUCCUCCACAGCCUUCCCAGUCCACACCACUCACAGAGCCCAUCCUGAACAACAUCCAGCAGAAAGAGACCCUAGAGAAUAGGCUGGUGGAUUGGGUGGAGCAACAGCUCAUGGCCAGAAUGAUCACUGGAAUGUUCCCUCAGCCUACCCAGGCAGACCCGGCCAGCCAAUCAGAGCCAGAUGAAAGUGCGACAUCAGACAUUGUGGAGACCGCAGGUGGAGGUGGUCUGCAGUUGUUUGUGGACACAGGGGUACCAGUAGACUCUGAGCUCAUAAGACAGUGUGUGAAUGAGGUACUGGCUGAAACUAUUGCUGUGAUGCUGGGACAGAGAGAGACACAGAGAGUGCCCACUGCCAUUGCCCAAACACAAGAAAGUCACACUCAGGAGGAGGUGACUACGGUACCGACACCAAUACCGACUCCUGAGCCCAGCGUAAAAGAGCCAACGUCUCCUGUCAGAACCCCUGAUCUCUCUGAGCAUCUUUCUAUGGCUCUGUCUGCCAAAGAGAACCAACAUCAGGAAUCUGCUUCACCAGGUCCAGAUAAAAUUCCUGUGGACACACCAGCUACUACACCAAUUCCAUCUCCCACCAGAGUGGCCACACCCUCUCAUCCUCCAGCCAAUCAGAGCCCAGACUCAGCCAGCCUGCAGAACCACCCCUGGGCAGGAACAGAGCUACCCCUAAAGGAGGAAGAUCCACACAGUGAGAGAGAAGAGCAGCAGCCACCGUUAGUUGUGAUGUCAGUUGCCCGAGAGGACGAGGAGGAAGAAUCAACCAUACCUCCAUCCUCCCCGCUCAACUCCAAACUACAGACACCUCCACCACCACUUCUUCCAGCUCCUGUAAGCCAGGAACCUCCACUCCCUCCUGCUGCUGCUUCCUCUGAAUCUCCCUCAACUGAGGAGAGCAGCUCCAGCUCCAGUGUGACUGUCACAGAGACAGCAGCCAGACACAUCUCAGAGGGAGAGCUGCUGCUCACUCACAGCCAGAUGGCAGCCGUCAGAGUUCUGGAAGAAGAGGGAGUUAUUCUUCCUAAUUUGUUGACCAGCCUGAACAGUUCCCUGCUUGGAGUCCAGGACAUGGACUACGACCCGCCCAGUGAGGGUCAGGUGAUCAGAGCUCCGCUCCUCCCCGCCCAUCAUGACCCCAUCCUGUCUCUGUUGGCCAGGAUGGAACACGGCCCUGUGAGCCAAUCACAGCAGCCAGAGAGAUGGUGGGAGGAGGAGAGCAGUGGGGAGAUCAGUGAGGGUCAGAGACCACCCCUGUCCGCUGCAGAGGAGAGUGUGCUGACAGGACACUCUCUCAUAGACCAGCAGAGAUAUACACAGAACAGAAACACAGAUAUCUCCCCCCACGCAACACUCACAUCACCUGGACAGGUGCUCGCUAAACACACAGGACAACCAGGUGUUGUGGUUCAAGACAGUGGGAUGUCAAUCAACCUCAGGUUGCCAGAAGAACCAAAAGAACUGACUGUCUCCUCCCCACAGCCAGAGGAUGCGGCACAUCAGCAGAGCACAGAGACGACACAGGUGGUGCACAGACCUGCACCAAUCCUGGUGAGGCAGUACCAAGACAAAGAGGAACCAGCUCCACCCUCUUAGGAAAUGAAGAAAGGAUCCAAGGAAAGGAAACGAGGAUGGAGGAAUGAAAGCAAGACGGAUUGUAAAAUGAAAAGUCCUGCUCACUCACACGUCACAUCAAAGUGCCAUCUCUGCAGUACCUCGGUGCACUUGCCGUUAUGUUAUUGAAACUUUAUUUAUUAAAAUAUUCAUAAUAAAUCCAAAUAAUUCAAGAUGCACUGUUGAAGUAUGUGUCAGUUAUGAUUUAUUUAAACUGCAAAGGUGUUACGUGAAUUUAACUAUUGUGUCAGAUGGGAAGGGGGAGGAGAAUAGAGUGCAACAGUCUGGUUCUGGAAGUAAAAAUCACAUUCAUUUAUCCCAUAGACAAAUUGAUUUUCAGUGAUAACUUACAAAUGUUUAAAGACAGACCUACCGUGAGCUACAAGGUUUUUCAUCGAUGGUGUAUGCUUCCAUUGAAGCCAUCCAUCGGCGUUAUCUCAAGUUCAUUGUUUAAAAAUCGUGUUUGAUAGCGGAAUUCAUGUUUAACAACUACAUUACCCGUGGUACAGCAGAGAAAGAUCUGCCAAUCAGAGAACCGUGCCCAACGAAUCCCAUGAUGCACUGUGAAUGAUGUAAUCGAGUCUGUCUCCCUUCACCCUAAAACUAUUUGUACUGUAUAUUUGUACAUAUUUGAAUAUUUUGCAAUAAGCAUAAUCUAUUUUUUCAAUACUUAUAAUUAACAACCUAAAAUCAAUAGUUUUAUAUAUUCCCAUUGUUUUUUUAUUCAAUGACAUAAUUCGCAAUGCUUUAUGGGAUUGUAGUAUGUGCCCUCAAGAAAGACAGUAAGUACACAGCCUUGUACCUUUGUCUUUAUGUCUGAUUUUCAAAAACGUUUUUGCCUCAAAACAAACUUUGCGAUAUUGUGAUUCACCUCGGAGCUGGUUGAUUUGCUUCAUGGCUUACAACUCUUUUAUGAAGGAUUUUAUAAAAAGUCCAUGGAAGAAAUGAAUGGGGAAAAUACUUCCGGAACCCAGGCGGUUGAAAAAGUGGGCGGGCACGGUUGCGCUCUAUUAAUACAUGCAUCAGGUGCUUCGACCAAAAAGUUUUCCGCAUAGGAAGCUCCUGUGUUUCCUCGCUCAAGCGUCCUCGGGAAGCUUCCUCUGUCCUUGCCUCCUCGUGGUGCAUUUCGAGAAUUGAUGCAUCCUUCAUGAUGGUGGAUUUUGAUUGGUUUCCGCAUCACGGGCUAGAGGACGGAGGAGCGAGGAAACGAGGAUGCGCAAUUUAGGAAAUGAGAAGCACCCUCUGUCAGUGAUAAAAUGGAGUAUAGUCCUCUUAGAGCUAUUAUUUGAUGUACAAAACAAGCCCAGAUGGGACUUGUGAUAGAAAUAAAGUAUUUUCAGCGCAUUUUAAUUACCACUGAAGCACGCAAAGUCUUAACUAUAACUCUGCUACUCCACUUUUCCCAUUGAGUUCAAAGCGCCGCUGGAUGAUGGCGUUGACGUUCUGAAGCAAAUCAUGAACACAACUUCAGGAUUGCUGUAGGAAAGAGGAUAGUCACAGUCUACCAUUAAUAUUGUGGAGGAUGAGAGUUUAAAAGAUUUAAUGCCCAUUAAAUAAUACUAAACAUAUGGGGACUAAAGCCAUCUUUACACAGCAAAAGUGGCACAGAAGCUCCAUCUGAAGUGGCAAUUAGGUGUAUUUUCACAGAGCAGGAAUAAAUGCUUUUACACAGCAGUUGCAAAUGCAUAAUGUUAUGAGAUGAAUAUUUUAAAUGUAAAAUUAAUGAAUAUAGAAAUAUGAAAUGAAUGAAAAUUUUAAUGAAUACUCAACUUAUGGGGACACAUUUUUUCAAUAAGUCAAACUCCCAGUUAGACUUUGGGCAAUUCCAGUGAACUUAUGAAAGUGACAUUUUCAGUGAAAAUGUGAAAUUUAAUUUCAUAUAUAAAGUACUCAUUACCAGUAUAUCAAACAGGUUUUAUGUAUAAUUAUAGACCCCUGCAGAUAGAGUUCAGACAUCAGAAAAGUUUCAGUCUGGAUAAGUUUUUUUCCAGUUUCCUUUGUGAAAUGAACUUGCAUUACAGAUGUGACAAAAAUUGAGUUUUUUGGAGACCAUGCACUUUGUAAAAACUCAAACAGUUCAGAAAUAAUAAUUGCCACAGCAUUAAGAAGGGCUGCCAGUCUUAAGAACAUGUAAUGUUUUUUUUUUUUCAUUGUUGCUUUCACAUAAAUGGGGAAAAAACAGAGUUAUGGAUGUGAAAUCUCUUCAAUAUGACAGCACUCACAUUAUGAGUGGAAACCAUCUGAAAUGCUUUGAAAUCUGCAGACUUUGACAUCUGAGAUAUAUAUUAUAUUACGUUAUAAUGCCCAUCAAGGCUGCAUGAUGAAUUGAAAUAAGAUUGACAUCGCUAUUUUUCCAUGUUAUGUUG